UGCGGCAUCAUUUUGGCUCAGUGGACCCGGACGGAGCAUGGAAUCUACAUCGACAAUGGUUACAAAUUUACCAGUACCCUGACGCCUCGAAAUGUGAAUUAGACGCAUUAGACAUCGGGUCAUCGAUUGAAACCGUCACCGCAGUUGAGAAAAGUCACCCAGAGUUGUCCUAGGGCAUGAAAGUUCCAACAGCGUCUCCUGGAAAAUCAGCAAGCUGCCACUUGAGCGGUUAUCCGGAGCGUCGCGCGCGCUGAGCGGUUGUCCUGGGCGCCAAGGUUGCCGCUUUCAUGAUGUUCGUUCAUCUAUUACUCACCGCUGCAGACAAUAUCACCACCCCCAAGUCAUACAGUUUUGCCGCACGCUUUUCGACGCGCACCCUUUUCGGAUACAUCACCUCAUUUGUCUCAUACCACAUCAUCAGUGGGAGAAGACAAAACAUCCUAUCAGCGUUUCACCAUUCACGCAUCGCUGCCCAGGCGCUGUAUGCCAGCGGCUGGAACCAGGACAAGCUGAAUUCUUCAGUUCAUCGGAGCCGCUUAGUGCUUUGGCGGGUCUACCCGCUUUACGCAGCCACCGUGAAUGUGGUCGUCUUGCUUUCCAUGCUACUCGAGGCCAGCCCCAACUUCGACUUAUGGCUUUACCACCGCUCAACUGUACUUUGGCUAAUGAAGUGGCUUUUGGGAGUGAUGAGCCUGUCAUGCUGCUUUGUCGUCGUGUUUACCGUGAUGUUUGUGGAGCUGGCCAUCCACACGUCUGCAGCUGCGCUACUCGAACAAGUGGGCCACCGCUUUAGUCAGAAGCAAGGAAAAUAUGAGACUGUUCGCUCAGUUCGUAUACACGUCAUGCUCUUAGCAGCUUGUCAGCAAGCAAAUGCCAUGUUUGGCCUCCUUCUACCCCUGUACCUACUGGGCAGCUACGCCGUUUCCGUGCUUAGCACUGUUUCCGUCGUGCGUGGUGGAGUCACGUCUGACAUGUACGGAAUGGUUUGCACAUCUUACAUUUUCGCCUUCUUCGGGCCCAUGUGCUUUGCUGGGGAGCGCAUUCAAGACGCGGCCCUCGGUUUGUCGACGAGGGUGUACGAAGGCCCGUGGCCGGAGGAGGACGUCUGCACUCGUCGUACCCGGCUUCAGAUAAUGGUUUGCUGUGCACGGCCAGCGAGGUUUAUGGUGCCGGGCAUGCCAGUCAUGAAUCUGCCAACGUGUCGCCAGGGGGUCCGCAGCUGGUUCCAAUUUAUACAAGUCCUGAUCAACAUUCAAUCAAGGAAAUAGAUUCUUGCAAUAAAUGUUGAGUUAAAGCUUGGUAUGAACUCGUAUAU